UGUAUUACGAACGUCGUAUUUAACGGUACGUGUUGUGGAAUUGUAUGCGUAAUGUUGUGAAUUUAUUUUUGCUUAAAUUUUGCCAAAAUUUUUCUAUAAAAAAAGCAGAAAAUUAAAAAGAAAUUGUAAAUGAAAUAUUAAUAUUAUUUCUAUUAAUAAAAAAAUUAAAAGAAAUGUGAAAAAUCUAUUAUAAAAUAUAAUUAAAAAAUUAUAAAGUUCAAAAGAAAUAGUAAAUAAUAUUUAUACUUAUACAAGUUAGAAAAAAUUAUGUUGAUUGUAACCUUAAGUGUUUAGUUUAGUUUAAAGCAUCUUUAAAACAUCAGCAACUUCGGGGAAAACGAAAAGUGAUUUUUCUUAUACUUAUACCAACAGCUGAGCAAAAAAAAGUUAAUCAAAAAUUCUAACAGACAAAUACCAUUGUUUAUGUGAAAAAUCAAAAUUUAUACGAAAUAAAUAAUAAAAUAUCCCCUAAAAACUAUAAAAGUAAAAACCAUAAAAAACUGCAUAAAAUACGUAUAUAAAUAUAUACUUUCAUCUGGAUAUGCAUUUAGAAAAAACAACACUGUGGUGUAAAACUCAAAUUUAAAACCACAUCAAAACUAUAAAAAAAAAGUUCAGCACAAUUAUGCAGCAUCAAAUGCUAAAACACUAAAAACGAGAGAAAAUCCAAACAAACGAAAAAAUUCAAAAAAUGAAUAAAUACAAAAAACAUUUGCCAUGAUGUUAUGACAAGCCAAAUAGAAUGAUAUAAAACGUUUUGGUAGUAUCAGACAUAAAACAAAAAACUAAUAACACACAACUGAAAUAAACAAAUCAAAAUAAACAAGAAAUGCAAUUUUUAAACAAAAAACAAACUUAAAAUAUAGCGAAUUUUUUUUAUUAAGAAUAAAACAAGCCAAAUCAAAAUAAAUAUACCAUGUCUCAAACAAAAACCUUAAAUUAAAGAUAAACAAGUUAAAAAAAAUCAUCAAAUGAUAUGUUUUAAAAAAGAGUGAGUGCAAACAAAUCGAAAAUAAAUUUUGAAAUUCAUUAAAGUGUUAAACACAAAAAGUAAUCUAAUACUUCUUAUUAUAGAAUAUUUAUGAUAAAACAUUAGCCAAAAAUCCCAAAAGUCUGUCUAAUCAGACAGUGAAAAAGUGUAUGGUCGCUAAAGUGUAAUGUAAAUUCAAAAUAAAUCUGUUAAACUUAAAAUUGUAACGAAGCAAAUGCAAACAUUUUGUAGGCAGGAAAUUAUUAAUUAUGAUAACAACAGCCACAACUAUAGCAGCAGCGGCAGCAACAACAUCAACGAAUGAAUUGAAGCUAAUUAAUUUGCAUGCAGAAACUUAGACGGGAAGCAGUGUGUGAAUGACGUUAUAUUAAACAAAAAAAAAAAAAACAAAGUCACUAAGAAACAACAACGAGAAAAAAUCAUUGAUGAUCAUAGAAAAAGUGUGAACUUAAACGAAUCAUUUGUACUGUUCUUUUAUAAAUUAAAAACAAAAAUAUAAAUCUACGAGACAGACUAUCUUCAUGAAAAAUUCCCAUUCAACGAUGAUGGUGAUGGUAAUAUUGCGUCUGUUUCUAUUGCCGGCUGCCAUAAUGCUGUCAUAAAAUAUCAAUUUGCAAUUUUUCAAUUUAUAUUUUAGUACUUUUUCGUAGCCGAUAUGCAAACAUAUACAUACGACUGUUUAAGAGUGUAAACAUUAUGAUGCCAUAAUAAGUGAUAUUAUAACAGAAAGGAGAGAAAUAAUACAAUUUUUUGCUGUUUUCAUAUAAACAAAAAUUUGAUUUAAAGUGAAAGCAAAGUAUUUUGAAAAACAAACAAAAAUAUAAAAAUUUAAAUUUUAAAAAAUCUCUUAACAAAAUGUUUGGACAAAAUCUAUAUUUUUUGAAAGCUUGUAUUUCAAACUCAACAAACAACAACUGCCAGUGUUUUACCUGCCCCAGUGAAAGCAACAUCAUGAUGUCUCAUGUUAAAAGAAAAACUUGCAACACAACAACAACAAUUACCCACAAUACCAACAGCAACUAUUCAACCUGCAGUUCAGUUCAACAACAAAAGUUACAAAGAACAUAUUCCUCAUACAGGUCAUACAGUCAUUGUAAUUUAUUUAUUAUUGGAUUAAUUUUUAUUAUAAUCGCUUGUAAUGAUCUCGUUGAGGGUGCUCUGCGUAAUGUCAAUUUAAUAAUUGAACCACCUGCUGUUCGUCGUGGCCAACAUGCUGUGCUACGUUGUAUGUACGAUCUGGAAGGUGCACCAUUAUAUUCAGCGAAAUUUUAUCGUGGUCAAUUGGAGUUUUAUCGUUAUACACCUGGCGAAUUUCCAAAUACAAAAGUUUUCCCAUUUCCUGGCAUACAUGUUGAUGUCACCAGUUCGAAUGCGACACAAGUGUUAAUACGCAAUGUGGGUUUUGGUUUAUCCGGCAAUUUCUCAUGUGAAGUGACUGCAGACGCACCAUUAUUUUCUACAGCAACCGCUUUUGGCGCUAUGCAGGUUGUGGAACUUCCCGAAAAACGCCCUCAAUUAUUUACUGAACACACACGCUAUGAACCUGGCGAUAUAUUAAGAGCAAAUUGUAGUACACCUCCCUCCAGACCUAAAGCCGAGCUUAAAUUUACAAUUAAUAAUAUGGUGGUUAAUAACGUUGAGACACAAUUUAUACGCACUAUAGAUAAUUUGAUUGCAUCUCGCAUUAGUUUAAAGCUGCAACUACAGGGUAUUCAUUUUAGCAGUGUAAAUCCUUCGGUUUAUGGCCAUAGUGUUUAUGGCAUGAAUUCGGUGCACGGUGGUGGUUUGGUGUUGCGUUGCACAGCCACAAUUGGUGAAUUAUAUCAGGAAUACAAAGAAAUUGAAUUGGGUACACCGCAAAAGGAUCCAGUGCCGGCAAGAGUAACCCUUUCAUCAGGUUCAACAGUGCGCAAUUUCCUUUCAUUCCUCUCUUCGGGCAAGUCGAAAAUUUCCACCAUGGAUAUUUCAAAAUUACUUUUACUCACUGGUAUAGUGCAUGCCAACUCAAUAGGAUCUCUAAUUGUACAAUUAAUAACAGUUAUUCAAAUAUUAAUAAUAAGAUACAAAACUACUUUAAAUUUAAAACAACAUUCCCAGAAUGUCUGUGCAUUUUUACGUUUAGCAUUAAUAUCUCAAAGAUAACUUGAUGGCUUAAAAAUUUAUUAAAAAAAUAACAAAAUAAUUUACAAAUAAAAUACUACGAGUACAUAAUAUAAAUAAAAAAGUUUAGUAAAAUAAAUACAUUAAACUAAAAUCAAGAAAAAAAAUCUGGAAAAAAGGAUGUGUUAUAAUUAGUGUAAAAUGUUGAAAAUGUCCCUUAAAAAGCAGGAGCAUAAAACUUGAAAAGAAAAACAAAAAAAUAAAAACAUUUUGUAGGUUUAUUAUUAAUUAUAUUUUUAUAGUUAAAUUAAGAAACGGUAAAUAUAUAAAUACAGAAAAUUAUUAAAAAAAAAUAUUGCUAAUUAUUUAUAAUUUUUAUAUUUCUUUUUAAUUUAAUUUCAAGUUAAAUUAAAAAAAAAAAUAAUUGCAUACAAAUUUAGCAAGUUUUAAGAAAUUACAUAUAAUUGUAUUAAAUAAAAUAUUAAGCAAAAACUUUAUAUAAAUAUUUACACGCAUAAGUAAACAAAUAUACAAAUUAUAUUUAUGUUUAAAAAAUAUGAGAAAAAUACAAAA